AUGGAGAGGGGAAACCAAACUGGCAUCCCAGAAUUCCUCCUCCUGGGACUGUCUGACUGGGCGGAGCAGCGGCAGCUCCUUUUCUUGCUGUUUCUCUGGAUGUACCUGCUCGGGGUCCUGGGGAGCCUGCUCAUUGUCCUGGCCAUAGGCUCCGACCCGCACCUGCACACCCCCAUGUACUUCUUCCUCACCAACCUCUCCCUGGCCGACGUCUGUCUACUAUCCACCACGGUCCCCAAGAUGCUGGUCAACAUCCAGACCCACAGUAAAUCCAUAACCUAUGCUGGCUGCCUGGCGCAAAUGUAUUUCUUCAUUCUGUUUGUAAGUCUGGACAACUUUCUCCUCACCGGGAUGGCUUAUGACCGCUACGUGGCCAUAUGCCACCCCCUCAACUACACCACCAUCAUGAGCCCAUGGCUCUGUGUGCUGAUGGUUGCUGGGUCCUGGAGUGUCAGUAUACUCCUGGCCCUGAUACACACCCUAUUGGUGGUUCCAUUAUCCUUCUGUGCUGACGAUGAAAUCCAUCACUUUUUCUGUGAACUUAAUCAGGUCCUGAAGCUAUCCUGCACUGACACCCUCAUUAAUGACACAGCUGUGUUGAUUUUGGCAGUAGUUCUGUGUGUGGUUCCCUUUGCUGGACUCCUAUUCUCAUACAGUCGCAUCGUCUCCACCAUACUGAGAAUCCCGUCUGCCAGGGGAAGGGGCAAAGCUUUCUCCACCUGUGGCUCUCACCUGUCUGUGGUCUGCUUGUUCUAUGGCACUGGUUUUGGGGUCUAUUUUAGUCCCACAUCUACCCACUCAUCCCAGAAGGGAUCUAAAGCAUCCGUGAUGUACACGGUGGUCACCCCUAUGCUGAACCCCUUUCUCUACAGCUUGAGGAACAAAGACAUGAAAUGGGCCCUGAAAAAAGUGUUCAGCAGGAAACUUCUCUUCACCUAG